AUGGGAGUGUCACGCAUCCCCAUUGAUCUUGCAUAUAGGUUGUAUUGUAAUGCAUAUAAACGCUCGAUUUGCCAACGCAUUUUUCAUGUGAUUCCGAUUGUAAUGGCUGCAUCUCUGGCUAAGCUGGCUUUUUUGCGGCAUCGGUUUAAAAUGGUAAAUGCGGGAACUUUACUGGACAUCGUCAAAAAUAGACCAGCAUAUAAACCUCUUAUAACAGUCUCAAAUCAUUAUUCUUGCCUUGAUGAUAUCAUUCUGUUUGGGCAAGUGUUGCCCUAUGAGGUGCUAUUCGAUGCGGACAGACUCAGAUGGACCUUGGCAGCUGUUGAUAUUUGCUUCGUAAACAGUCUGUAUAGUGCAUUCUUCGCCUCUGGUAAGGGAAUUCCAGUUUGGAGACGUGUUCGGGAUCCCGAAACGGGUGACAUUCUGCUUCCAGGGCUAGGUGUUUGCCAACCUAGUAUGGAGUUUUGCCUAGAACUGUUAAACGCUGGACAAUGGAUUCAUUCGUUUUCCCAGGGUCGCGUGAUUCUGCCUCAUGAAAGAAAUAAUGAGACUAGUAUCCGACUUCGAUGGGGUAUUGGGCGUCUCUUGGCAGAAGCCUCUGUGGAUCCAAUAGUCCUUCCUAUUUGGCACUGCGGCAUUGAUGAAAUGAGUCCUUGCGAAGAACCCUAUGUGCGGCGCACCCUUACUCGACUUUUUGGUCCACCUCUAAGUGUGACCGUCCUCGUUGGAUCUCCUUUUGAAGUUGGUUAUCUGGCACGAAAAUCGGGACGUACUGGAGCCAGCCUCUAUACUUGUCUCACGGCAUCCGUACAACAUGCGCUGUAUCAGCUGAAGCCAACAGCUGAGGCUGAACAUGCGAAACACAAAGCUUCCUUAGAAUUGUCUUACUAA